AUGGCCGACACUGCUUCCAAGAAGGUCAUCCUCACCACCUCCGAUGACGAGCAGUUCACCGUCGAGAAGAUCGUCGCCGAGCGAUCUGCCAUGAUCAAGUCCAUGAUGGAGGGUAAGCUUGCCAUUCCGCUCCUCUUUUCUAGCGCUAUCGACAGCGCCUCAGGGCAUCUCGCGUGGGCUGGACAGUCGACCGGGGCAGGAAAAUGUUGGCAUCCCGUCAACGCGCUUAUGGCGCGAUUGGUGGCCGGGAAGCUCCUUGUCCGCCUCCCCCCCCUUGCCUUCUCCACUCGACUAUCCCGCGCAGAAAAACUCUCUCUAUUCAGCGAGCCCCGUUUUUCGUAUCCGCACCUUGGAGACCAGGAGGGCAUGCCCAUCCCUCUUCCCAACGUUUCUUCUUCUGUGCUCACCAAGGUCCUCGAGUACUGUGACCACCACAAGAACGACCCUCUUCCCGCUGCCGACGCCAACGACGCCGACGACUCUAGGAGAAAGACCAGCGAGAUUGGCGAGUGGGAUGCCCGAUGGAUCCAAGUUGACCAGGAGAUGCUCUUUGAGAUUAUCCUUGCCGCCAACUACCUCGACAUCAAGCCUCUUCUUGACGUUGGUUGCAAGACUGUUGCCAACAUGAUCAAGGGCAAGACCCCCGAGGAGAUCCGAAAGUUGUUCAACAUUACCAACGACUUUACUCCCGAGGAGGAGGAGCAAAUCCGAAAGGAGAACGAGUGGGCUGAGGAGUAG